AUGCUCUCAAGAAAUGCUAUUGCUGUCCCACGACGCUCAGUUGCGAUGCUGUCCCGUCGUCUUUACUCCUCGUCGGGUUAUGGCGGCAGCGAAGGUGCCACUGCCAGCUCCAAAGGUGGUUUCAGUGACAAGGAAAAGGCUGUUGAGAACCAGUGGGCACGCUCACACGAUGCUGAAAAGAUCAAGGCACUGCACGAAGCUUUGGAGAAGCAAAAGGAGGUGACCAAGUCGAUUGAAAAGGACCUGGAUGAUUUGAAAAAGUCGUCGGGCAAGAAGUAG